UCAGAGAAAAGAAUUGUAGAGAGCUCUCUGGGAGCAGCAAAAAACUGUAAGAAAAUUAAAAUUCAACCAACUUUGAGCAAGAUGAGCCGGAGAGAAUUAGAGGACAGUUUGUUUCGUCUUCAUGAAGAGCACAUGCUGCUGAAGGAGCUUUCUUGGAAGCAACGGGAUGAGAUCAAAAGGAUGAGGACAGCCUUGCUGCGACUGACCGCUGUGGGCAGGGACCGGAGGGCAGAGGUGACGACCCUGGAGCAACCCUCGGAGCCCGCUAGGCGGUGGCGGAGCCCGGGGUGGCGGCAGCGUCCCGUGGUGCUUGGGCUGCAACAGCAGUUCCAGCGCGAGGGCCCCCCUGUUUCCCGCCGCACCCUGCCUCGGUCCCACGUGAGACAGAGACAGCUCCACAGUGCCGGCGCGCCAGUGAUGCAGAAGAAACCCAACAGGGAGCCAAGGGACAGGCUGAGCUACACAGCCCCUCCCACCUUCAAGGAGCACAUGACAGAUGUAAAAACCAGAGGUGAAAUAUCCAGUCAACCCCGAAAGCUUGCCCACAUUAUGACCAGCAAUGCUAUGCAAGUGGAAGAACCACCCAAAUCUCCUGAGAAAAUAUGGUCCAAAGAUGAAGAUUUUGAACAAAGAGGCUCUUUGGAGUGUGCUGAGAAAGCCACAGAGCUUCGGACUUCCAUCAAGGAGAACAUAGAGCUGAUUCGGCUUAAGAAGCUCUUACAUGAAAGGAAUAUCACAUUGGUAGCAACAAAAGCACAAUUAACGGAAGUUCAGAAGACAUAUGAAACUCUGCUCCAAAAGAAACAGGGAUUACAGAGUGCAGCCCAUGAGGCCCUCCUCAGCCAAGUGAAUGAACUCAGGGCAGAGCUGAAGGAGGAGAGAAAGAAGGCUGUGAGCUUGAAGAGCCAGUUGGAGGAUGUGUCCAUUCUGCAGAUAACGCUGACGGAGUUUCAGGAAAGAGUUGAAGAUUUGGAAAAAGAACGAAAAUUGCUCAAUGACAAUUAUGACAAACUCUUAGAAAACAUGCUGGACAGCAGUAAUCAGCCACAGUGGAGCAAUGAGCUUGUAGGAGAACAGCUACAGCAGAAAGUCUCUCAGUUGCAGGAUCAGCUGGAUGCUGAGCUGGAGGAGAAGAGAAAAGUCUUACUUCAGCUGUCCAGAGAGAAAGCUCAAAACGAGGAUCUGAAGCUUGAAGUCACCAACCUGCUUCAGAAACAUAAACAGGAAGUAGAGAGCCUCCAAAACAAAGACACAAUUUCCCAAUCUCCUGACAGGCCAUCCGAACCAGCCACAUAUCCAGCUCCAUUCCAAGAGGCCACUCAGACAGAGCUCUGUGAACCAAAAAACCGAGAAGAAAAGAAACUGUCCCAGAUGUUAAGUGAAUUGCAAGUAUCACAUGCAGAAACCACACUGGAACUAGAAAAGACCAGAGAAAUGCUUAUUCUGCAGCACAAAAUCAACGUGUGUUAUCAGGAAGAACUGGAGGCAAUGAUGACAAAAGCCGAUAACGACAACAAAGAUCACAAAGAAAAACUGGGGAGGUUGAAUCAACUCCUAGACCUCAAGAACCAUCGUAUCAAGCAGCUGGAAGAACAGCUCAAAGAUGUGGCUUAUGGUACCCAACAGAUGUCACUAUGUCUGGAAACACUGCCAGCCCAUAGAGAUGAGGAUAAAGUGGACAUUCCUCUGCGGCAUCACACUGAGAAUCUUUUUGAGCUGCACAUCCAUCAGGCCUUCCUGACAUCUGCUGCUCUGGCUCAGGCUGAAGACCCUCAACCUACCACCUUCUGCACCUAUUCCUUCUAUGACUUUGAAACCCACUGUACCCCACUAGCUGUGGGGCCAAAGCCCCUCUAUGACUUCACCUCCCAGUAUGUUGUAGAGACAGAUUCCUUUUUCUUGCACUACCUCCAAGGGGCUUCAGCCCAGCUUGAUCUUUACCAGGUGCUAGCCAGUGAGCACCACACCCUUGCAGCUGGAUGGAUUUACUUUGACAGGGUGCUGGAGACUGUGGAGAGAGUUCAUGGCUCUGCCACACUUACUGGAGCUGGUGGAGAAGACUUUGGGGUGCUAGAAUAUUGGAUGAGGCUGCACUUCCCCAUAAGAUCCAGCCUACAGGCAUACAAUAAGCGAAAGAAAGCCCAGGCCUACCUGUCAGCCAAUGUGUGUGGAGCCUGGAGGGCCCAGGAGGAUGAGUCCAGAUCGGAGACUUGGAAGCAUCAGAAUGAGCUGCGGGUGGAAAUCACCAGAUGCUGUGGCCUCCAGAGUCGGUGGCUGGGAAGCCAACCCAGUCCGUACGCCAUGUACCGCUUUUUCACCUUUUCUGAUCAUGACACUGCCAUCAUUCCAGCCAGUAACAAUCCCUACUUCAGAGAUCAGGCUCAGUUCCCAGUGCUUGUGACCUCUGACCUGGAUCAGUAUCUGAGGCGGGAGGCCCUGUCUAUUUAUGUUUUUGAUGAUGAAGACUCAGAGCCUGGCUCGUACCUUGGCAAAGUUGAAGUGCCCUUGCUGCCUCUUGCACAAAACAAAUCCAUUAAAGGUGAUUUUAACCUCACUGACCCUGUGGGGAAACCCAAUGGAUCGAUUCAGCUACAACUGGAUUGGAAGUCUUGCUACCUCCCCCCAGAAAACUUCCUGAAACCAGAAGCUCAGACUGAGGAGAAUGGCAUGGACAAGAGUUUAGAUAUCUCAUGUGAUGAGGAAAAGGCUUAUUUUCCUACCCAGGACCAGGUGGUAUCUGCCGAGAUUCCCAUUAAAGCUGGCCAGUAUCCAGCUAAGAGAAAACCUCCUCAUGUGGGAGAAAGAAAGGAAAGGGAACACCAGGUUGCAGGCUACUCGAGAAGAAAACAUGGCAGAAGAACAGAUCUCCAAGGAAGAAACAGGAUGGAGUAUCUCAGUCGUAACAUCUUAAAUGGAAAUACACUACAGCAGGUGAGCUACACUGAAUGGAAGUUCUCAGGGCUUACAGUCUCCAUAGAUGAUGAUUUUAAAAGCCAGCAAAAGGAAGAGGAAAUAACAUCAUCCCCUUUAGCACUGAUACAAAAUGAAGCCCUACAUCCCGUAAAUGAUAAAGAAUCCUGUGAACAGGCUUCUGAAGUCAGUGAAGCACAAACUACAGACAGUGACGACAUAGUGAUACUGGCACCUCAGAAAUGUCCUAAGGCAGGUUCAGAGAAAAUGUGCAUCGAAAUUGUCAGCCUGGCAUUCUACUCAGAAGCUGAAGUGAUGUCUGAUGAUAAUGUAAAACAGGUGUAUGUGGAGUACAAGUUCUACGAUCUACCCUUGUCAGAGACAGAGACUCCAGUAUCCCUGAGGAAACCAAGGGCAGGAGAAGAGAUCUACUUCCACUUUAGCAAGGUGAUAGACCUGGACCCAGUGGAGCAGAAAGGCCGAAGGCAGUUUCUGUUCGCCAUGCUGAAUAGACAAGGUCCUCAGCAAGGACGUUUAAAGUUUACAGUGGUAAGUGAUCCUAUGGAAGACGAAAAGAAUGAAUGUCAAGAAGUAGGAUAUGCAUAUCUGGAACUGUGGCAGAUCAUGGAGUCAGGAAGAGACAGUCUAGAGCAAGAGCUGGACAUUGUUAGCCCUGCAGACCAAGCUACCCCAAUAGGAAGUCUGAAGGUGUCCCUUCAAGCUGCUGCUGCACUCCGUGCUAUUUACGAGGAGAUGACUACAGAUUUGUUUUCGAGAUAGAACAAGGGCUAUUCCAUUCUAAACUCUGUGAGGGAACCACAGCAAAAAGUCUCUUAUAAAGUAACUUGUUAUACCUUGAAUUUGGUUUACUGUGAUCUCUCAAUCUAAUCAUGAAAGCUUAGAAUAUGAAAGUUCGUUUUUGUGAUACUAGAUGAAUAAA